AUGGGAAAGAAUAAUAAAGUAUUAUUAGACAAUGGCAAGUAGGCUUCAAGUUCAAUGCAACUGUAUUGGAAUAAAGCUAAGCAAAUAGAAAAAAAGAAAUAAGAUUAAAGAAAGAAAGAUUUCAAGGAGAGAACUUAAUCUGAUGUUAAAAAUAAGGAAUCUAAUUAAAAAUAAGGAAAUGGAGAAGACGAAGAAGGCAAUUUUAUGAGUAGAGAAGCUAUGAAUAAUAUAAUGAAGGAAAAAGAAAGAAGAAGAUAGGGACAAUAUUCUUCAAAAUCUGAAGAUAUAUUAACUGAAGCCAAUAUUCUUAAUGCUUAAAAAGCGUUAACAAAUAAAACCAUCAAAAUUCCGGGAUACUCGUCAGAUUUUAUAUCAUAAUAGCAGAUUGAAAGAAACAAAUAGGAAAUAGAAAAAAGAAAAUUGUUUGCAUAGGCUGCUAGAGAUAGAAAAGAAUAACGUGAAAAAUAAGAAAAGGAAGGAGGUGAUUAAAGUGAAUAGCCUAUUUAAAAACCAGACCCUUAAAAACCCUAGCAAAAUCCAAAUUAAGCAAAUAAGCCUCCUUUUAAUAACUAAAAUUAAAACUUUAAGCAGCAUUAAAAUUUUUAGAAUCGUCACUUUUAAAAUAGGCAAAAAGAGUAAGAAAGUAGUGAUCCAUUAUUCAAAGUCACUGAAUAAGAGGACUAUAAUCCAAUAUAAGAGAUGAUUAAAUAAUAGUAAUUGUAAUAGCAAAAACAGUAAAAUCAAAACUAGUAAGGUACAUCUUAUUAUUAGCCUCCUCCACCUCCUAAUAUGCCUCCUCCUCCUUUUGGCAUGAUGCCACCUCCACCUGGCAUGUUCCCUCCUCCACCAGGUAUGUUACCACCUCUACCAAAUAUGCCACCUCCUCCAAAUAUGCCUCCUCCUCAAAUAUAAGGCUAAAUGCCAUUUAAUCCUCCUUUUUACUAGCAGUAACCUUAAAUACCUUAAUAAAAUAAGAAUAAUGCUCCUCCACCCCCAAUGCUUGUUCCUUAACCAAUAGUUGUAUAGGGUGAGAGUACUGUAAAAAAGAGUAAAAUUGACUUAACAUAAAAGAAAUAAUAAUUUAUACCAAGAAAUGUAGUGGUCCAAUAAGGAUCAGGAAAUAAUGUAACUAAAACAGAAAAUAAAUAAGCAUAGCAACCUGAAGCAUUAGGAGGAAAUAUAUAGAAUGUAAGUUAGGCUCCUGCUCCUAAGCCAUUUUUACAAGGAGGGUAAGAUCCAUUUGUUUCGAACCCUAAUAAUUAAGAUUUACUAAAGCAAUUUUUGUAAGAUAUAGAAAACAUAAGUAAAAAAUAAACUAAUGAAUCUAGUUGA